UUCUGUGACCAAGAGAUUCACAAAAUUAUGUAAGAGAUUAUCUAUAUUCAUAACCACACAAUCAUCUGUUGGUUGCUUUCAUACUUACAGGGCCGAUAACUGACCUCUAAGAAUAAGAGAGCCCACAUUCCCUGUCUCUUUCAUAACACAUUCACCAAAUUAGUCUCUUGUGUUAUGCAACAGUUAGAGGGCACUCCACCAACCCUCUUAAUAGUACAUUGAUCACAACCACAGACUCACUUCUCAUGCAUUUAUUCAGAUCACAUCCCAGUUUCUUAUAUCAUGUUAUUCAUCCAAAUGAAGUGUCACUCAAAAACAAAUCCAGCGAAGGAGUCAAGUCACCAUGAAGAAGUCUCUAACUCCACCACAAACUCCUGAGUGCGAUUACAAGGGCACUCACGGACAAAGCAUCGUAAUUCCUUCCAAACACAUCACCAUAGCAAAUAGCUUCGAAAAGAAAGAACACUCCUGGUUUAUCACUUCUCAUGUCCCAACAGACCUAACAAUUGAAGUUCAAGAUGUCACCUUUAACGUUCACAAGUAUCCCUUGGUAUCAAAAUGUGGCUACAUUGGUCGAUUGGAAUUUCAGCCUUCAAUUUCAAAUUUUGGCUAUGACCUCAAGCUUGAAAGCUUCCCAGGUGGAUCAGAAACCUUCGAAAUCAUUUUAAAAUUUUGUUAUGGUCUUCCAUUGGACUUGAACCCUAACAACAUAGCACCACUAAGAUGCGCCUCAGAAUUUCUAGAAAUGACAGAAGAUCUUCAAGAUGGAAAUCUCAUUUCUAAGACUGAAGCUUUUCUCACGUUUGUAGUCCUUUCUUCGUGGAAAGACACCAUUACUGUACUUAAAUCUUGUGAAACUCUAUCUCCAUGGGCUGAAAAUCUUCAAAUUGUCAGAAGGUGCUGUGACUCAAUUGCUUGGAAGACUUCUAGAGAAAACAUUGUUGGAGAUACAGACUGUCAAGAAGGCUGGUGGUUUAAUGAAGUGGCUACCUUUCGAAUAGAUCAUUUCAUGAGGAUUAUAACAGCAAUAAAGGCAAAGAGUACAAGACCAGAGUUUAUAGGUAAAUGUAUCAUGCACUAUGCAGAGAGAUGGUUGCCAGGCAUGGAUGUGGAGUUUGAAGGACAAAGAGGAUAUGGGUUUGGAAAAAAUGACCUCCAGUUCGGUAUAUUGAGUAGGAGUAAAGAGGAUGGGGGUUAUGUACACAGCAAGGAGCAAAAAAUAAUUAUUGAAAGCCUAGUGAGUGUACUUCCUCCUCAAAAUGAAGCUGUUUCAUGUAAGUUCUUAUUGAGGAUGUUAAAGAUGGCCAUGCUGUACUCUGCAUCACCAGCUUUGAUUUCAGAGCUUGAAAAGAGAGUGGGGAUGAUAUUAGAAGAUGCCAAUGUGAAUGAUCUGUUGAUUCCUAGUUGCAAUAAUGCAGAUCAAGGGAAACUAGUUAAUACAGUUCACCUGAAGAAUGCACAAUGCACAAUGCACGACACUGAAGUCGUGCAAAGGAUUGUGGAAUAUUUCUUGAUGCAUGAGCAGCAAGAACAGCAACAGAAGACUGGUAGAAUCAAUGUUAGUAAGCUGUUAGACAACUACCUAGCAGAGAUUGCCGAAGACCCAAACCUCUCCAUAACCAAGUUUCAAAUAUUGGCUGAAUUACUGCCAGAAAAUGCACGGACAUGUGAUGAUGGUCUCUACAGAGCCAUUGAUACCUACCUCAAGACCCAUCCUUCACUACCCGAGCAUGACCGGAGAAGGCUAUGUAGAAUAAUGAACUGUAGUAAACUAUCGCUCGACGCAUGCAUGCAUGCUGCACAAAAUGAUCGACUGCCUAUGAGAACCAUUGUCCAGGAAAAAGAAAUGCAACCCAAGAACCUCCACCAACCACAAGCUAAGGUGCUUUUCUCAGAACAAGUAAAGAUGAGGACGGCGAUGCAAGAGAAGGAAUCACAAAGUGGUAAUAACUCUGAACAGGAAGGGAACCACUCAUCAACAGAUGCAGAUAUUAAGAAUCUAAAAGCAGAACUUGAGAAUGUAAAGAUAAAGAUGGCAGAGCUGCAGAGUGACUACUCUGAGCUGCAGCAAGAGUAUGAAAGGAUAGGCAGCAAGCAAAAGAAUGUGUCGGGUUGGAGUUUGGGAUGGAGAAAAAUUAAGAACUCUUUCCAUGCAAAAGUUGAGGGCAAUGAAACUGGAGAAGGCCAACAAAGAUCCAGCCCAGCUGGCAGCAGACUCCCCUUCAGACGAAGGUCAUCCAUGCCCUAAAUUAUAUUAACCUAGGAAGCCAAGACACCCCACACCAUAUGAGAGUUAAGCCUUUAAGAACUCCAUAUCAACUGUCUUAGGGAUAGUUGAUAGUUUGUUAUUGCUUGCCUAUACAUAAUGUAUACACAAAAAUAAAUAAAAAGUAAAAAAUGUCUGUAGUUUUCCUAUUCUUACACAUUAAUUUUCUCUAAAAUAAUUCUGCCUCCUAUAGAACGUCUAGCAGACUACAUCCUUUGCUA